GUGGUCCUAUCUUCGGUGCAGAAUCACAGCGUCGUCGGCCUUCCCAUUCUGCUGUGUUAAGAACUGACCUCAGAAACGGCAGAUGGUCGCCGCUCCUGGGAAAGGCUCCCGAGCCUCGGUUCCCACGUUCGUGGAUCCACCACGUGCACUGCUACAGCACGCACCUGCCACCCCCACCCUCAUAUAAAGCUCGCUCCCCUUCGCUUAUCCAUAUCACUUCGCUCCCAACUCUCCUAGAGAACGGAUCUACUAGUGCUUCUACAUUUCGCUUGCUUCCUACACGACUUCCACCCACGACUAUCACCAUGUCUGCUUAUCACUUGGAAGAGACAGCCAACCUCGCCAUCGAGGAGUUCGAGAACCGCAAGAACAAGAUGGCUGUUCACAACAGUCGCAACACCUUCUUCGCUCGCAAAGUGCACAAACUCAAAAAGAUGCUACGUGCGCUUCUAAAACGUGACACCCCAUCGCGGCCGACUGUCCAGUCACCCGAGGAGAUCCAGAACGCCAUGAAUGAGGCGCUGGAGGCGAGGCUGCAGGAGGAUGUCAAGAAAUCAGCCGGUGUCUCGGGCAAUGCCAUCAAAGUGGUGCUUCAAGGACGCAUCGAGCUGUGCGGAGUCGAGCCCGGCCAGACGGUGUCCAUCCCUGUCAACUUCCUGAGCACUUCGACCGGUCGCUUCGCCUGGUCCUUUCUGCCACCCGCGGACAGCGACAUCUGCCCCCGCGGCGACUCCGCCCCCUUCACCACAUCGCAGCCCGCUCAACGCCAGGCGCCCUCUUCGUGCCAGUAAUCCCAUGUAAGAUUACUCCACACCUCAUACUACAAUGUCUUUCAUUCCAAUGUCGAUAUAUUGCAUUAACAAACAAUUACCUCGUCGAAUCUACUGGCGAUCUCACAUCUCAGAGUUAAUGAUUAGAAUACUUAAUUUUAACAGAAAAGAGACAAUACUUAAUUUUAUUUGAUAUAUGUAUUCUUGGUAAACAUUAGUUAGGUAUAUUUUAGUAAUAAUGAUAAGAGAGACUGAUUUAUAUUUGAGAUUUGAAAUUAUUUAAUUGAUAGUAAUUCAUUAUCGGUCUUGGAAAACUAUUAUUGUACUUUUCUCAUUCUAUACAAUAUCUUUGGUGCAUCAGAAGUUUUUAUGAUACUCGAUUUAUACUAUAUUACAGAAUGAUUCUUACUAAUUUUUAAUGGAUAUUAAUUGUAAGUAAAUUUUUAUUCAAUUCAAUUCAACAUCUGAAUUCAAUCAUUCUGAGGUAUAUUACAUUUUUUAUUAUGUCUUUCACUCAUCAUUUUAACUGAUGCAUUACUAUUCUUAUUUUAUUCUAAUUCUCGUGAUUUAUUAAUGUUAUUUGGUGAUUCAAUUCAUUCUAAUUCAUGUAUUUAUAUAAAUUGUCCUUUUAUUCACUUUUUUGGAAAUAAGUCAUAAAAUUUCAUUGAUUUCUUCCAUUGUCAUUAUGUUAUUACUUGUCUUUUCAAUAUUAAAGUAGUAUAAAAUUAUUUAAUCAUUUUUUUAUUCAAAUAUACAUUGUCUGUCGAAUACAAAUUAUUAGUAGCUCUGCAUUUACAUUUUCUUGGUUGAAAUUUACUAUCUCAAUUUCUUUUGGAAGAAUUACUGUAAUUGUCUACCUCGAAGUGCCAUCUAUUUUUUGUUAGUUUUAUUCUUCUGUUUUUAGCUGUAAGAUUAUAUUAUAAGUAUUGUGGAUCUUGAUAUUGUGAUAAUACUAUUGUCGCCUGUGAUAAAUGUUCAGCUUUAAAUUGUGAUUUAUGUAAACAACUUCAGGUUUUCAUAAGAUUUCAUGAUUUUGUGCUACAUUACCAUUUUUGCAUUUUCGCAAAAUAAAUUCUAUAUGGUUACUUGAAA